AUAAAUGAAGCACCCAAAAUGUGCCAGAUUACGAUAAUGUAGCCUACUAAAGCUGCAUAAGGACAUGGCUAUUCUUCUGAAAUGUGACUUUCUUUGACAUUUCAGGUGGAAUUAAGAUCUCGUCUAAAUGAACAAGCUGUGUGCACAAGGGUGUAAGAUAUUAUGGACAGUGGAUGUGGGUUACUCAUAAUAUCUACUUGUCUAAAGCUUUUAUCAGCCCGCUCUUUUCCUGCAGUGUCAUUCAGAGAAGAUAACACCUCUACAGUUGUUCUUCAUUCAACAGAAUGACCUCAAACAGCAAACAACACGGUCUGAACAUUGAAGGUAUCUGAAGACACUAGGCUAACCUGUGAUCACCUACCCCAGGAGGUUAGACUGAAGGAGCGUGCCUGACCUCUGACCCCUGACCUCCAGUCCCACCAUGGUGCUGAAGAUAUUCUUCCCUCAGUGCUGUAACAAGGCAGACAGUGGGCUGCUUGUGGGGCGAUGGAUCCCAGGACAGAACUCGGCCGUGGUGCUAGCUGUUAUCCACUACCCCUUCAUCCCUGGACAGGUCAAGCAGUACAUCCACCAGAUGCGUGGCCAGAGUGGGGUGGAUCUGACGGUGCUGGGCUCGUGGAGCAUGCCCAAGGAGGGCCAGGAGGGCAUGGAGAGUUUCCUCAGGGACCUCAGCACCAUCUUCCCCCAGGGACAGUGGCUCCAGCUCAGUAGAGAGAUGGGCAAGAUAGGCUUCAGGUGUCACGUCCUCACAAGGGACCCGAAUGGGAAGCUGAUACAACAGGAAAAGGAGCUGAAAGAGGAUGGUGGUGGAGAGAAAGGAGGAAAGGGAGGAGAGGGAAAGAAAGGAGGAACAAAGAGAGGAGGAGGAGAGAAUAAAGUAGAGGGAGAGGAAGGAGGAGGAGAGAAGGACAAGGUGAUCUUUAUCCACUAUGAACAGAGGAAGGUCAUGCUGUCUCAGCUGCACCCCAUAGAGAACGGGGUUCCAGACCCUCAAACUGAGUCACAACUACCACAGGUGUUUGGGACAGUGUGUCAGAGUGAGCCGCUGUUCUUCCUGGAUAAGUAUGAUGACGGUCCAGUGAAGAUGACCCACUGGCAAUCAGAGGGACGGGAGGGCUCCAUUAUAGUAGAACUGAUGAAACAGGCCUCAACACCGGUCUGUCUCCUAACCACCUGGAUACUAACACUGUGGACCAGCCUCUGUAGUAGCAGGAUAUUGAAUGUGCGCCCGAUGAGGUUCAUCUCCAGUAAGUUGUCUACGUGUGUUCAGCUGAGCUACAGAACAGAACACCUUCAGACAGUCUGCUCUCCUACCAGAGCCACCGCACACAACCACUUCAUGAGGAAAGCCAAUAUCUUUGUGUCGUUCUUUGUGGAUGUGUCUCUGGGCCUGCUGCUGGUGUCGUGGAUGUAUAGAGAGAACCGUAUAGGCAAACUGGCCGACACACUGGUACCUGCUGCUGACUAUGUAGCUAAAGAGCUGGAGGAGCUGUUGCAGUGGCUGAUGGGAGCUCCAGCUGGUCUGAAGAUGAACCGGGCUCUAGACCAGGUGUUAGGACGAUUCUUCCUCUACCAUAUACACCUGUGGAUCAGCUACAUUCACCUGAUGUCUCCGUUCGUUGAGAUGAUUCUGUGGUACGUGGGUCUGUCUGCCUGCCUGGGCUUGACCUUUGCCCUCUCCCUGCUCUCUGACAUCACCGCCCUGCUCACCUUCCACAUCUACUGUUUCUACGUCUAUGGAGCCAGGCUGUACUGUAUGACAGUAUAUGGUCUGUCCUCUCUGUGGAGGCUGUUCAGAGGGAAGAAAUGGAAUGUCCUCAGACAGAGAGUAGACUCCUGCUCUUAUGACCUGGACCAGUUGUUCAUCGGGACGUUACUCUUCACCAUCCUGCUGUUCCUCCUGCCAACCACAGCUCUAUACUACCUAGUGUUUACCCUGCUCCGCCUUGUGGUAGUAAUGUUCCAGGGAGUUCUCCACCUCAGUGUUGACUUCAUCAACUCCUUCCCUCUGUUCGCCAUGGGCCUCCGACUCUUCAGAUCCUACAGACUGGCAGAGGGGGUGAAGUUCAGAGUGCUCUGUGAGGAACCAGGAACACCUCUACACCUCAUGAUGGAUAUUAACCCUCUGAAGGUGAGCAGUGUGGUUCAGACCUACAGGACCCCCACCUACAGCUGCUACCCUAAAGACUCAUGGCUGGCCCUCUGCAAGAAGCUGUUCCUGGGAGAACUCAUCUACCCCUGGAAGCACAAGACUACCAAGAUAGACUAGGACCAGGGGAGAGAGAGAUGGGGGGGGGCUGUUUCUGGGAGAACUCAUCUACCCCUGGAGACACGACCAAGAUCAACUGAGACCAGAGGAGAGACCGAGAAUAGAGAAGGGGGAGGGAUAGGGGGGAGAG